ACGCGCUGCGGGCGGGGAGAGGCUGCGAACCAAUGGCCGCCUUCCAUGUGUUGCUUCAGUCAAAGGUGAAAGUUAGCGACUCGCUUUGAAGCCGCAGCCAAGAUGGCGCCGCUGGUUCUGAGGAGUUGGCACUGAUUUAGCGAUCGCCGCGGGAAAGGAGCUACCGGGUGGGCAGCGGCGGCCGCUCCGCCCCUAGCUUCCGAUGUGAUAUCCCGCUCGGAGAGUUGGUGUCGUGGCGGCCUCCCCUCCCGCGACUGCAUGGCGGUGUUCGAGCUGGCGUGGCGGCUGCUGCACGCCGUGCUGUGGCUGCAGCGGGCGCUGGGUGCCUGGCUGCGGCGUGGAGCGGGCGCCUGGGCGCGCUGGAACGCGGCGCUGCAGAACAAAGGGCGGAGCCGGCGGUCGCGCUGGCGGGCCGACGGGCGCGGGCUCAAGAAGCUGCCGCUGCACCUGGGGCUGGUGGUCACCGAGGAGGAGAGCAGCUACACCGACAUCGCCAGCCUGGUGGUCUGGUGCAUGGCCGUGGGCAUCUCCUACGUUAGCGUCUAUGACAACCAAGGUAUUUUCAAGAGAAAUAAUUCCAGAUUAAUGGAGGAAAUCUUAAAGCAACAACAAGAAUUACUAGGUCUGGAUUCUUCAAAGUAUUCUACUGAAUUUUUAAAUAGCAGCAGGAAAGCUGAACAAGUAUUAUCUUGUCCAACUACAGUGAAAGUGCUUUCACCUGAUGAUGGGAAAGCCAAUAUAGUGAAAGCUGCAAAGAAGUACUGUCAAUUAGUUGCUCAACAGCAAAGGAGGUCUGCUGAUCUAAAUGUGAAUAUUAUGGACAGUUUACUCAGAGAAGAUUCUUCGGGUUUACCUGAUCCAGAUCUAGUUUUGAAAUUUGGACCUGUAAGCAGCACUCUUGGCUUCUUGCCUUGGCACAUCAGGCUUACUGAAAUUAUAUCAUUGCCUUCGCACAUCAACUUAAGUUAUGAAAGAUUUUUCUCUGCCCUCCAGCAGUUUGCAGCCUGUGAACAGCGUAUGGGAAAAUGACCGAGUCAAUACGGAAUCAUUUUCAGGCUUCAGUCAAAGGGACCCAAAGUAUACAAUGUUUACAAGCACCUGUGAACUAUGGAAGCCCAGUUCAGUGUCCUUUAGCAGCUGAGGAUAAGAAUAUGUUUUCUUUGUCCAAUUCUUAGUUGUGUAAGUGUCUGUGAGGGUCAAUCUAUUAUUUAAAGAAAAAUGAGCAAGGUUAUGUUCGACAAUAAUUCAGGCUUUUCUCAAAUGGGACCUUUUUAUAUAAAAAUGAAGUUGCAUUCAAAGGAUUAUCAUUAGACUCUUCUUCGGAUGAUAUGGAUGAAUAAUGUAUCUACAAUGCCUUGCACUAAUUGAGUGUAUAAUAAAUGUAUAAAAUGAUCGUAUUCCUAUUUUAAAAUAACAUUUUAAUGCAAUAUGUUGAGUUUUGAUCAAUUUUAGUUAGCCUUCAACAGAAUGUGACCUCUGGUGCUCUCUAGUUUGUUUUGAAAGCAGUGUCCCCACACCACCCUAUCUUUUCCCUCAUGCUUUAAUAGUACUUGUAUAGCAACUGAGUAUUUCAAAGUCAGAGAUUGCACUAUCUGUUGUAUCAUUAUGUAGUUUGUACUUGUGUUCUGUGGUGCAACGGAGAAAUCAUGAACUAGUUGAUGUUCAUACAGAUGUUUUGUAGACUGAUACUAAUUUGGUAUUAAAUGCAGGAUGAAAUCAAGCCAGGGCAAAAAUUACCCUUAAAUAUUGUUGCUAUUAAAGCACGAUUUUAAAUUUGA